CGCGGCGAGCAUGGGGCGGCCAUGGCCGGGGCCGGCGGCUGCGGCGGCGGCGCUGCUACCCCGGCGCGGCCCGAGCCCUCGGAGCUGUCGCUGCGGGAGGUGCUGCAGGUGUACGAGCAGCCCAUCAACGAGGAGCAGGCGUGGGCCGUGUGUUUCCAAGGCUGCCGCGGGCUGCAGGACGCGCCGGGCGCCCGCAUCCGUGACACGGACGAUGUCCUGCUGCGCAGGGACGGCUCGGUGGGCGCGCGGCGAGUGCCCGGAGCCGCGGAUCCUACAACAAUGGUGGUACUGCCCAGCAACGCAGAAGCCCAGACAGUGCAGUCACUGGGCUUCGCCAUCUACCGUGCACUGGACUGGGGUCUGGAUGAGAACGAGGAGCGGGAGCUCAGCCCGCAGUUGGAGCGACUCAUCGACCUCAUGGCUAACAGUGACUGUGAGGAUGGUGGCUGUGGGGCAGCUGAUGAAGGCUAUGGGGGCCCCGAGGAGGAGGAGGAGGCUGAGGGUGGCCCCCGGGCUGUGCGCACUCUGGCCCAGGCCAUGCGACUAUGCGCAGCCCGGCUCACGGACCCUCGAGGCGCCCAGGUCCACUACCAGGCUGUGUGCCGUGCCCUCUUCCUAGAGACCUUGGAGCUGCGUGCCUUCCUGGCCCGUGUCCGAGAGGCCAAGGAGAUGCUGCAGAAGCUCGGGGAGGAUGAGCCAAUGGUGGAGAAUCCGCAGGUGGAGCUCGACAACCUGGGACGCACUGACUGGGCCCGGCUGUGGGUCCAGCUCAUGAGGGAACUGCGCCACGGGGUAAAGCUCAAGAAGGUGCAGGAGCAGGAGUUUAACCCCCUCCCCACUGAGUUCCAGCUCACACCCUUCGAGAUGCUGAUGCAGGACAUCCGCGCCCGGAACUACAAACUGCGCAAGGUCAUGGUGGAUGGGGACAUCCCCCCAAGGGUGAAGAAGGAUGCCCAUGAGCUCAUUCUGGACUUCAUCCGCUCCCGGCCUCCGCUCAAGCAGGUGUCAGACCGACGGCUUGGCCCCCUGCCUCAGAAGCAGAGGACCCUACAUGAGAAGAUCCUGGAGGAGAUCAAGCAGGAGCGGAGGCUGCGCCCAGUUGGGGGCCAGCACUGGGGGUCCCGGGGGUUUGGUUCUUUGCCCUGCCUCCUUGGUGCCUGUUCCGGGGACAUCAAGUCCACCUCCUGCAUCAACCUGUCUGAUGUGGACGUCAGAAGCAGCCCCCAGCGCCCACGGCCACGUGUGCUGCUCAAGGCACCCACCCUGGCUGAGAUGGAAGAGAUGAACACCUCUGAGGAAGAAGAGUCCCCAUGUGGGGAGGUGACACUGAAGCGGGAUCGCUCUUUCUCAGAGCAUGACUUGGCACAGCUGCGGAGUGAGGUGGCCUCUGGCCCCCAGCUUGCGGGAGGUGUGGAGCCCAGCCGGCCCCGAGUGGGCAGUGAACACUCCUGGAGACCCCACAGUAGAGAUCAGGGCAAGUGCUGGCCCCAGUCCCACUCUCUCCCCUGUAUAUCCCUAGAGCUAUGGCUCUACCUGGGCUGCUACGACAGACCAGAGGCCUCCACGGCCCCAGACUCCAAACACCUGUGGCUGGAGUUCAGCCACCCUGUGGAGAGUCUGGCCCUGACGGUGGAGGAAGUGAUGGAUGUGCGCCGUGUGCUGGUAAAGGCAGAGAUGGAGAAGUUCUUGCAUAACCCGGAGCUCCUCAGCAGCCUGAAGAAGGGGAAGGUUUGCUGUUGCUGCCGAGCCAAGUUCCCCCUGUUCUCCUGGCCUCCCACCUGUCUCUUCUGCAAGAGAGCUGUCUGCGCCUCCUGCAGCAUGAAGAUGAAGAUGCCUUCCAAGAAGUUUGCACACAUCCCUGUCUACACACUGGGCUUCGAAGGUCCACAGAGGGCGUCGGUUGCCAGGGCCUCCACAGCCCAGAGAAGAGAUAUCUUCCAGUCCCUGCAGGGCCCGCAGUGGCGGAGCGUGGAGGAGGCAUUCCCCCACAUCUAUACCCACGGCUGUGUCCUGAAGGACGUCUGUAGCGACUGUGCCAGGUUUGUGGCUGACGUGGUGCACUCCAGCCGCAAGAGUGUGGACGUGCUCAAUACAACGCCACGCCGCAGCCGCCAGACCCAGUCCCUCUACAUCCCUCACACCGGGACUUUGGACCUCAAGUGAC